UGGGGAUGGUGUUGGCGGCCUCUCUGCUUCGCGGGGAAAGGAGUGGGGCCAUCCCGCAGCUGCCUCCCCGCCGCCUUCCCGAGAGGUUCAGACCAUAUCCGGACGGUGCGACACGGGCCUGAUCCGGGCCGGCAGCGAGGAGGUGCCGCAGCCGCCGGGGUGCAGCGGCCUCUGGUCAGCCCGUGGGUGCAGGGGGUCGGUAGGGGUGGCUGACGCCGUGUCUUCCCGGAAAAUCGUAAAGUCACGGUGUCAGAUGGCCAAGUCAGAUGGCCUUGGCUUCCCGGCUGCCGCUCGGGCCGGGCCCCGGCUGCCUCCUGAGAAGAAGACGGAGCGAAAGAGAUUUUACACUUCUGCUAUGAGGUGAUAAAUAAAUAAAUAACAACUUCAGAUACGGAGCUCUGGUGAAUUAGCUGCGGUAGUGAGGUAAUGUAAGUAUUUUAGUUGGACAAGAGAGAGGAAGCAGGCAUGUCAGCUCUUUGUCCACCACCAUCUCCUGCAGUUGCUAAGACAGAGAUAUCUUUGAAUGGUGAGUCACCAUUAUUAGCUGCCACUUUUGCUUACUGGGACAAUAUUCUUGGCCCCCGAGUGCGGCACAUUUGGGCUCCAAAGACAGAACAGGUACUUCUCAGUGACGGUGAAAUAACUUUUCUUGCUAACCACACCCUGAAUGGAGAAAUACUUCGGAAUGCAGAAAGUGGAGCAAUAGAUGUGAAGUUCUUUGUUUUGGCCGAAAAAAGAGUAAUCAUUGUGUCAUUAAUCUUUGAUGGAAACUGGAACGGAGACAGAAGCACAUAUGGACUAUCAAUUAUACUUCCACAAAGUGAACUUGGUUUCUACCUGCCACUUCACAGAGUGUGCGUGGAUAGGUUAACACAUAUUAUAAGGAAAGGAAGGAUAUGGAUGCAUAAGGAGAGGCAAGAACAUUUCCAGAAGAUUGUCUUGGAAGGCACAGAAAGAAUGGAGGAUCAGGGUCAGAGCAUCAUUCCAAUGCUGACGGGAGAAGUCAUUCCUGUAAUGCAACUUCUUUCAUCUAUGAAAUCACACAGUGUUCCAGAAGAAAUAGAUAUAAGUGACACAGUGCUAAAUGAUGAUGACAUUGGGGAUAGUUGCCAUGAAGGCUUUCUCCUCAAUGCAAUUAGUUCACACCUGCAGACCUGUGGUUGUUCUGUAGUCGUAGGAAGCAGUGCAGAAAAAGUUAAUAAGAUUGUGAGAACGUUGUGCCUGUUUCUCACACCAUCUGAGCGGAAGUGUUCCAGACUCUGUAGAAGUGAGUCCUCUUUCAAAUAUGAGUCAGGACUUUUUGUUCAAGGCUUACUCAAAGAUGCAACAGGAAGCUUUGUGUUGCCCUUCCGUCAAGUAAUGUAUGCCCCAUACCCUACUACACAUAUAGAUGUUGAUGUCAAUACCGUGAAGCAGAUGCCCCCUUGUCAUGAACACAUCUAUAACCAACGACGAUACAUGAGAUCUGAACUGACAGCAUUUUGGAGAGCUAAUUCAGAUGAAGAAAUGUCUCAAGAUCAUAUUAUCCACACAGAUGAGAGUUUCACACCUGAUUUAAAUGUCUUUCAGGACAUCGUUCAUAGAGAUACAUUAGUAAAAGCCUUCCUGGAACAGAUCUUUCACCUGAAGCCUGGCUUGUCUCUAAGGAGUACUUUCCUUGCACAAUUUCUGCUAGUCCUUCACAGAAAAGCCUUAACUUUAAUAAAGUACAUAGAGGAUGACACGCAAAAAGGCAAAAAACCUUUUAAGUCUCUUCGUAGCUUAAAGGUAGAUCUUGACUUGACAGCAGAGGGCGAUCUUAACAUAAUAAUGGCUUUGGCUGAGAAGAUUAAACCAGGUUUACACUCCUUUAUCUUCGGGAGGCCGUUCUACACUAGUGUACAAGAACGUGACAUGCUCAUGACAUUUUAAAGUCUUCCUUGCAUCUGAUAUUGCAGUCCUGCAGAGCACGAAAUCUGUCAGUGGGACCCCCAAACUGGUGACAAGCAUUGUCUACUGAGGGUGAAGCAUCAGGAGCACUUUAACGCUGAGAUGUGUCUCAAGCAGUAAGGGUCUUGUUAGAGGGAAUUUCAGCUUUGCUAGAUAAGCAUGAUUUUAACUAAUUGAUCUCUUCUGCUUGUUUUUUUUAAUUGUAAGUGUUACCAGAUGUUUGUGUGUUUUUUUAAUUGUUAGUGUUACCAGAGGUUCCUUGGCCAUAUUGGCUUAGGGGAUAAAUGUGGAUAUGUUUUGGUGUAUGAUGAAAGGAAGCAUUUUAAUUUUUAUUCCCAAGAAACUUCUUUCAGGUGUGUGUCAGAUUUUCCCUGUUCUGCUGUGUCAGUAUUUUGAGUGUUUCCACAAAAAACGGUAUAUAUGUCCUCACUAACCAUGGAGGUUGCAGAAAAUGUGCCUUCAGAAGUUUCGGAGGUUUUGAAACUUGUUCUUAUGUAUGUGAUGCAAAUCUUAAAUACGACUUUUACUCAUCUGCCUCUUUUAACACUACUGCCUUCUUCCUUUAGAGCAUUUAAACAUGUUUGCAGUUUUUAAUAUAAGUGCUAUUUCUGAGUGCAGACCAUUGAUUAUUUGCAGCUUAAAUAGCAGUACGUUGCACAUUGGAAUUAGAUUUUUACUCAAGCAGCUUUGUGCAUGUAAGUGCCAGCCAGGAUACUCUGAUCAUAUAUUUCUGGACUGUCCUGCAGUGGAGUCAGUGAUCCUGGUCAGUGAUCCUGGUCAGUGAUCAGCUGAGGUCUUUCAAAACACAAAAGAGAAGACUCAUGUCCUUCCACAGGAGUUGUCAGUCCUUCUGUGUGUAAACCGCUACUGGUAGUUGCACUGUCAGUUUCCAUGAGGCUCAUAGAAUCAUUUAGAAUGGAAAAGACCUUCAAGAUCAUUGACUCCAACCAUUAACCCAGAACUGCCAGGUCCACCUAUAAACCUUGUUCCUAAGUACCACAUCUACACAUUUUUGGGACUCUUCCAGGGACAGUGAUUCCAGUGACCAUUUUUCUGGGCAGAUUGUUUCAAUGCUUGACAAAAUAUUCAUAUUAAAGUAUUAGACCCUUCCAAAGAACAUCAAGAUGAUAGCUGAGGUAAAAAAUAAAACAGUAUUUCUUUUUCAUUUACAUCACCAUUAAUAUAUUUUGUAAUCCUUAAUUUAGAGACGUGCACGGCUAUUAACUAAUGUGAUUAGCAUUUUAGUAAGUUAACUCUAGUCAUUAAGCUUACCUAUCUUCUUUAAGCUUAGCAUAUCUCCAACUUAGCUUGAAGAUCAAAACACAUUUUCUAUUGGUAUGUCUCAAUAUUUCUAUCUCAGUAGCAUGUAGAGCGGUGCAGUGUCAGGUGAAUCCAGACUUUUUUAUUUACCCAGAAAUGAGAGGUGUAUCUGUACUGCACAUUGUUGUAUCUCUGCUCUUUUUGGACAAGUAUAAGAAUUUCUUUGUGUUGUGUUUCAGCAUAAAGACAUAACUCAAUAUUUAUUGAAAAGGGAAAGAGCUGCACUGACUGGAGAAGCCGUGGCUGCUUUAUUGCUUACCUUGUUUAUAGAUCUCCUUUGUAAAUAGGUUUCUGUUUCCAAGAUAGCUUUUUAGUAUUACUUUCAUGCAGUGUGGCAGAAAAGUUAGAAGUUAGAUUUACAUUUUUCCUGAAAUGUCUAAUACUCAGAUUAUAAAAGAAACAGUCCUUUAUUUAGAUGCCCAAAAUUCCCUUACAUUUCCUAAAAGACAAAGAUUCUCUAUCAAAUGUUUAGAGCCUCUAAAAGCUGUGAAAUUGAGCCCCAUCUGCACACCAUUUUUGUGAGUUUGCAUCACCAGUGUUACCGGGUUGCAAAAGAACUGACAUUUUGUGCAGCCAUCUUUUAGCAGUACAUGCAUGUAGAACUCUUGCAGCAAGCUUGGUGAUUCAUCAGAGGAACUUGUCAGAAUUACAUAAGUUACUUGUGCUGCGAUUCUGUUUGUCAUUCUGUCACUACUGUUCCCUUCUGUGUUUUCAAUCGAGACAUUAGAACCUGAAUGUGCUUAAGUUGUUACUCUCACCAGUAAAUAGUGAAAGAAAUGUAAUAAACACUGCCAAAACUUCUAAUGUAGAAGUUGUGUCAAAAUACAAGAGCUUUAAAUCUGUUGCUGAAAUUAAUCCUUUCAGCUUGAUAAGCAUUGGAAACUCAACACUGACACUACUAACAGUGAAGCUUUUGUUUACUGAAGAUUCUGUUACUUUUUGAAGUUACUAAAAACUGGAAAUUCAAUUGCUACUUUUGUUGCACAGCUGUCACAAGUGCAGAAUGUAUAGUGAAGUACAUUGUUAAAUGCAUCUGCAUGUUGUGUUGUAAAUCUAGCUCAGGAAACAAAGUAAUAAAAUUCAUGCACAAUUUUUGGACUUUAAUUGUUGCUGAUUUUUUUCACAGAAUUUCUGCUUUGUAUCUAAAAGCAUAAUUAUAUUUUAUGCUUUGAAUUAAAGAAGAAACCUUUCUUCCUUCUUGUUAAAUUAAGUUAUUCUUGGAUGUUGCUGUCACUGAUGAAAGUCACAUGUUGUUUAGUUAUUUCAUUUCUGUUAAGGACUUAGUCAUUUCAAGCUGAGACCAGUGGGACUUGCUAUGCCUCUGAUGUACUCAGAUAUGAAUUUCAAAAACUUUAAAACCCACAGGUGAGAGGUUAGAAAUGUUUUAUGUAGCAGUCAGUGAAUACCUUUCUUCAGGAUUUUAUUUCCUUAUAUUUGAAAGAAAAAGGCAAAUUCAUUUCUUCCAGCUGGAUUUGAAAAGGAAGUACUGUUUUCAAGCAUUUUUAGUAGAUUGUUAUUCCUGGUCUUUGCAUGCCUAAAAAGGUAGCACAGAAAGAUAUCCACUGGAAUGUCUUACCUAUUAGGACCACAGAGGAUAUUCCUUGUCUAUAUACCAGUAUGUUAUAAUGUCAACUUUAUUCUGGAGCAGAAUAGGCAUUUUGGUGAUGUUGUUAUCUCUAAGCCAGCAGUUUGUUACACCAAUACAGAGUGUCAGGGCUUCUGCACUCAGUUCUGUGCAAACAAUGUUAGAAGGCUUUCUCUUCCUAUUCUCAGACCUGUGAGCACAAAGGAAUGUGAUCCAGAACAUGAGGACAAACAGGCAGGGUGGUCCCCUCUGAUGUCUAAUCAGAGCCUGCAAAGCAAGUACUUUGUCCUCUUCAGCAGCGAGGAGGCACAAACCGUACUCAUUAGUAUGCAGAGUAGGCUUUUGCACAAGAGUAGAACUUGGUUGUCUUGUUUACCUGUGUCCUGACAAGGAACUCCAGUUACACUUCCUACUUGGGCAAAACACUACGGAAGCUCCAGGGAAGCAUAUGUGUCCUAGGGUGAGGUUAUGAUGCUUGUAUCCCCAAUCGUGUGUUCUGUUGGUGCUGGAUGUUAUGUACUGUGCCUUCAUGACUGGCUCUGAAGAGCAAGGUUUGUUUUGGUUUGUUAUCAGCCUGCUCCCCCACGGCUGGCGGGACAGAGAGACGGGACAGUACGUAGUGUAGUUUUUGCUUUUUGCUUUGCUUUUUGCUGCUUUGGUUUGCUCUUGCUCCUGCUUC